CAUUGUGAUUACUAAAUUUCAAAACCCGGUUACAGAAUCUACCCCCUAAUUACUAAUGGACUAAACCGGUGCCAAACCUGUCAAUCAUCACUUCAUCAACCAUGGCUUCCCUAAUCACAUUCCCGAUUGUAAUCGGCAAAUUCAGAGUGCGAAAACCACAAUUUGUGAUUUUCAUUUUGUUAACUUCCUUCGUUUUACUGUUUCUCUAUCUCAUAGUGCCACCUCAUGUUGGCUCGGCUGUCAGAACAGAUCAAUCAUUGCGGAAAAUCGUUGACAAAGAUGUGAUCGGGCCGAGGUUACCAGAGAAAUCCCGAAAUGUGACUGUGACAACUGACUCGGCUGCAAGUCUCGUUGCAAAAUAUGACGAAUCUGCUGCCUUCAAAUCUGUAAAUUACACAAAACAUCUCAGUUUCCUUCAGGAGAAACUCAACAAACUAACCCAAUUACUCAAGGAGAAGACGAGUAGUUUGAAAGAUCGAACAUACGAUAAAUUUGUUGAAUUCGGCUUGAUAAGUAAAUACUUUCAUGUCAGUGCAAAAAUCACCAGGAAACUUCCUUUCAAAUGGAAUAUUUCACGACCUUUGUUAGACCGGUUAGUUGCCGAUAAAGUUUACUACCACGAUCUACAAGAAGCGGUUAACAAGACGCGAGCAAUUGCAUUGAAAUAUAAACCGAUUUAUGAUUUGAAUCCUGGGACCUGCUCUUGUCGGGACUUGAACUGUGAAUGCUGCGCAAGGAUAUUUGUGAGGAGAUUGAAGGUAGAUCAGCAAAUUUGUAUCAACUUCACCUACGUGGCUGGAAACCAAGUCCUAAAGACCAAUAUAUUCUAUCAGAAGCAACUGGCUUUUAAUCAGACUAUCUCAGCCAAGGAGCCCCCAGAGAUUUGUAUGUUAGGAACCCACAACCUCACCGAGACCUGCGUCCAAUUCUUGAACAUCACAUACAACGUCCAAGCUUCAGAGGAUCACAAGACAAGGCUUACCGGCUGCAUGGAGUUUCAUUUCAAUGUGGAAUCUAAGACGAUUGCCAGCUAUCCGGUUGGGUGCUUUAUCACCCCUAAGAAAUCAGACAUUGGGAAUGUGAAUAAACUAGGCAACUGGGUGGUGUAGGGUCAUGGUAGAUUCUCGAAUUGUUCACAAUGAUAAUAUCAUACUAUAUUAUCAGUAAGCAUUACAUACUGAAGUCCAAAGCUUCAGUCAAGCUGAAUGGCUUCAUUUUUAAAUAUUGCUUAGCAUUCACCUUUAGUGGCAGUAGUGCAUUACUGCUGCACUUUUUAUUUGCGUCCUGUUAUGCUGUGUAGCAAGGUCACAUUAUUUUUCAAAGUCUGUUGUCCCAUGAACCAAGUUAGAAAAACGUGUGUCCUUUAUACUCAGUUUUAUUGUGAUAUUAUUUCUGUCGAAUGUUGUAAGUAUUGUUUUGGUGCCCAAUACUAACUUAUUUGUAAAUAAUGUACAGUAUUCGAUCAUUUCACGAUCAGCAACCUGGUAUAAUUUCAGGGGUCAUUAAGCUGUUGAAAAUCUGUUGGCUAUAAACAGACAUCAUGUACGUGUCAUAUGUUUUCUAUCAACAUGCCUGAUCCUCGUCACCAGAUCACAAGCACUGUUUUUCUCCAGCCCAGAAUCUCUUGCCCUCCGAGAAUCAACUCGGGCGAUCAGAAACUAGGGCAGUAUUUAUUACAUUGCAUUUGUUAACCAAUCGAAAGGGAGAUAGGGGUCGUCAUCAAAUCAUUGCUUUUGAUCAGUCAAGUCAAUUUAUUGUUUUUUCUUUAUUUGAAGGAGGAUAUGAAUUGUAGAUGACACUCAUUUUUGCAUCCAAACUUCAUUUUUCAUGAAUAAAAUUCUUUUAUCAAAAAUACAAUGUAUUUACCAGACGUAUCCUUGUACAGUUGGAUUGACUGUAACUGUUUGAGUUUUUUUACAACAAUAAAGUCUAUAAUGAAAAAAUUGUGUUCUCUACUCAUAAUAAUCA